GGUUUGUCCCUCAGUUUUAUUGUCAAUUGAGGAAUCUGCCCCUGCAUUCCCGAGCUUCCAUGUGUGACAGCCCGGACGUGAUUCGGAAUUCGGAUACAUUCAUUUGAAUACCCCUCGCUCUGCGUGUGACUGAUAUAUAAAGCCUGAAAGGGCGUAAGCCAGUGCCGAUGGACGACUCUGCGCAUGGGUUCCGGUGGAUGGAAUCCGGAGAUCUGUCCAGCACCUACCAGGCUGACGAACCGACCCCGGGGUCUCCGACAUUAGCGAUUGCGAAAUAUGUACCGGAUCGAUCGUUCCACCACGACGAGCUAGACGGCGAGAAUGGGCAGUUGGUAGUCCAGGAUUGUGGAUAUCAGUCGUCGGCUUCUUCGACACAACACUCGAGUGAUAUACUGAGCGGGAUUCCAGACGAAGGAGAUCUGGCAGGUGGUGUGCAUUCGAGAGCGUCGAGCCGAUCUUCUAUCUCGUCGCUCCCAGCCUCGGUGUUUACACAACCACCGGAUCGCAUGAAACCAUUCAACAGAGACGCAACGCACGAUCAAAUAGCCCUUCACCCCUGGGAUGACGAGUUCAACCACAGCAGCUACGACAAGAUGGACUCGCCCUUCAAGAACAUCAACGCCAUCCGGCGUCGCGAAACCGCAUUCCGCAAGCCCAGCUCAGUGCGAGCCAUGCAGAUGCACACCGAAGACGAAGGUGACGACGACUUUCUGACACCCCCGAAGCGGCGAGGCGGCGCCCGUCUCUCCGACAUCUCCAUGCGAUCUGCGGGCUCGUCUCCGAUCAAGCGGUCACCGUACUACUCGCCCAGUGGGUCCGCCAGCAAGCCCAAGCCCAAGAAGGAAUACCCGCUCGUUCUUCUCCACUGCACCUUGCUGCCGCCGUCGCUUCCUAUCCCGGGAUCAACGGACAAACCUGAUCAGAAGAUAUUGAGGGAGGUGCUUCCUGGGGAGUAUUGGCGGCGGUGGAAACUUUUGCAGGAGAAGGUCGGUUCGGGGGUGCUUCGCGACCGGGGCGUGCUUAUAUCCCAUCCGGAGGAUAUGUACGACUUACUUGAGGAUCGGUUAUUGGAGAGUUUGGAGCUACAGCGACCGCGGCUUGACCAUGGUCACUUUUUGGGUCGAGACGAGACUGAGUCCGAGGAGGAAGAAGAUACACUUCACGGUGAGGAGGAAAGCGCCACAGACGACGAGCAAGGAGAGCCGUGUCCAGACUGUGGGGGCCGAGUAGUCCGUCACCGAGACACUGGACGCAAGUGGGAGAUCAAAGUCUUUGCAGCGAAUGGCCUCAUGCGGGCCGGGGCUUGGGCUGCAGCUUGGAGGGAGAUGGAGAAGGUGGAUGUGGAAGUUGGACUCUGGCUUCCGUCGGAGGUGCGCAGGGAGCUGGAGAAGAGACUGCUCGAAAAUGAGAUAUAUCAAAUGGAGAACCGCCUGCCUAUACCGCAAUUACGAGGACCUUUAAGCGAGUCGGAGCCGACCUUUGAGCACGAACCGAUCUCCACUGUGCAUCACGAACCACGCCCGAUGAGCCUCGACACCGAGAAGCGACGAUCGCCCAAUCUGGAUUCGGAGACGCCACCAGACCGCCGUCCGUCGCCGAGCGAUCAUAUAUCGAGUCAAUAUUAUUGUACGCCUCCGGCGGAUAUUGACCUCAACACGCUGCUGGUAAAUUAUGUCCGGGUGUUGGCCAGCGAUCCGCGCAAUGUCGUCCUGGCUUUCCUUGCUAUUCUUGUCGCUUUCCUGGUGACUGGUUCCAGAUCUGGAGUUGACAGCACCAGCACUGGGCUACGACAGUCCGGCUCGGACAUGGUGAAUUAUCACUCUAUGCAAACCGUGUCUUUGGAGCAAUAUUCCUCUGUAGCCAGUGCGGACUCUGCAUAUCCUUUCGAAUCCCCGGGCAUGGAGGAUCUGGAUGGAUCAGAACUAGAGCUGCAUACUUCGGUGCCUCUUUCUCCUACAUCCGUUUCUCGGAAAGAAUACCAGAAUUCGUACCAGGUCGAGUCCCAAAAUGAUUCACAGACCGACUUUCAGACCGAUUAUCGAAACGAUUCCCCGAACGAUUCCCAGGUCGAGUCCCAAAAUGAUUUCCCGGCACGAGCUGCGACCUCUAUCGCCGCAGAUAUGACCCCUUUGAGGAGCACUCCCGAGUCCGUGGUUGAAUCUGACUUGGAAUCCGAGCCCGAGACUGAUCUGCCACUCACUGAGGAGCGUGCAGACACAUAUGCACCGCCAAAUCCUUUGACGGAAUCCAAAGACCCUGCACGCACCGUGACGGAUGCCGCUGUCAAGACAGCGGAAGUGGUCGAAUUAAUGGACCUGGAGCUUGCAGCUGCAGCUGUCUAUGCUCAAUGUCCGGUGUUCUAUAACUGAACCAAUAGAUCAAUGUUCAUGCAUGGGUACGCAGAAAUAUGAUUGAUGACUGACGAGAUCUGUCUUUUUUCAUUGAACAGUUUGGCUAUUGCUUUUCUAUUUAAUAAUGUGUUGUUCAAGCUUUCAUUCGAUCUUCUAUGAUGGCAUGGUUGGGAUUUAUAUCGCCGUGGACGUGUUAUGUUACGCAUUGCAAAUUAGCGC